CAUUCUUUUUCUUCUCAUUCUGUUUCCUUUUUAAAUUUGCUUCUCUAAUUCUUUUCCCAUCUCAGAAUUAGGGCUACACCGUUACACACUGUUUCUCUUUUAAACAACCACCAUGUCGCCGACGCCGGUAUGUUCCUUCGCCGUCGAAUACGACGGAGCUCCGAUUUCUUACGAUCUUCCCCGAGCAUUCCCUAUAACUGUCGACAACAUUCCGGUGGAUUCAGUUGUUUCUCAGGUUCCACUUUUCGACACUCUCUCUUUACCAGUUGUUCAGCCUCUUUACCACCACACCACCACACCGUAAAAUAGCUUAAAACACUAAGCUCAGAAUCUAGGGUUUCCAAAGAACUCGAAUUAGCUUCUGAAAGAACAGUUUCUCCCACUUCCGUUAUUGCCUUCGAUCACCGAGCUUCACAGAUUACCGUUUGAUUUUUCGAACGGCAAUGACGGUUUCCGCAUCUUGCGAGACUUGCAACACUUCUACCUCUUAAGUGACUGACUUGGUGAUUUUGGCAACUGAGAUUGGAAAGGUUGUCAAUCCUCUCCGAAAGCAUGGAUCAAAGGAAGUACGUCAACUCACGCCGACUCUUAUCGAUUCGAUCUCCACGACUAACAAUACCUCCUGGAAUUAGUCCUACUGCAUUGCUUGAUUCUCCCAUCACGCUGCCAAAUUCUCAGUAUAUACUGCCACAUGAAAAUGAAAAGCUUUCACAAGUUGAUUUAUUGGUUAUUGAUAAAGCAGCUGCUAUUCCACUACCUAUGGUGAAGUAUUUGCUUGGCCAAUAUUUGGUCUUCCUGUCUUUUACUGUUAAUGGGUCAAGUUUAAUGUAUCAAUUUGUUCAUUUUGCUCUUGCAAAGUUAUGAAGGAACUGGACGCUGGUUAUCACUAAAACUUGUGCAGCAACUGCAAGAGCAAAGCCAUAUAUCUGCUAAGAGCACAGAGGGCACCGGUACAAUGCUUUUGACUUCUAAAAUUCAAUUUAAAUAAUUUCAGUACCAUGUCAUGCACUAUUCAGAAUUGAAAUACAGUUUGAGGGAAUUAUUAAUUUCUCUGCUUUUCAAUGAUCCAUGGUUUGAUUGUAAUAAAAUACACCAUCUAGAUUUUAAUGACUAAUCACCGAUGCAAUGAGACUGGUAAGGGAUAAAAGAGUAUUUUAUAGAUGAUCUAGUUAUGGUUUGCUUCAAAAUACUACCUACUAUCUAACUUCAAUGCUUUUCAACUGCUCUAGUUAUGGUUUUCAUUAUAAUUGAUAUUUUACUUGUUCUUUUCUUGAAUGACGAAGCUUCUGAUACUUGCAAGCAAUAUAAAUUCCUAGAUAGUUGAUAGAAGUUGAGUGCUAACUAACCUGUUGCAGUAAAUUUAUGUUUUUUGCUGUUUGUAUUUUUCUUCUCAACAUUUGACUUUAUUUUAUGGUUGGUUCACUUAAUCAUUAGCGAAAUUUGUGUGGAAGCGAAGGUGGCUAGAAUGGUAAGCCGGUCUUAUUCUUUUAUACGAGUAAACAACUUCUGCUCCUCUUGUGCCUUAAAUUUGAAUGAGUGUCCAUUGAAGUGGACAAUUCCAGGUUUGAUCUUCUAUGUAACCAUAAAGUUUAAUUUCUGGUCAACUGAAGUACAAACUUAUGAUUCGACCAACACUGAUGAUAACAUAUCUCAUGUUAUUUGUUUUCUUCAAAGUGUUAAAGUGUAUUGUGUUUGUGUUAUAAUUCAUUGGAGGCUGCCACCUCUUUUCCAAUUAAGGGUGUGUUUGAAAGAUCUUAUUUGGGCUAUCUUAUGACAUAAGUGCUUAUGAAAUUACUUGAAAGAGCUUAUAAAAAUAGCUUACGAGUUAUAAGUAUGAGUUUAACCUCACAAGCUCUGUGAUUAUUGAAUCAACUUAAUCAUAAAUGCAUACAUGAUAAACAUUUAUUGAAUAAACGCUUAAUUGAUUUGUUUGUCCAAAUGCACAAUCUCAACAAUUUCAGAAGAUCUUGUACUAUUUUACUUCUGUUUUCCAACAUUUAUUCUUUUACUUUUUUGACUCUGUUUGUCCAAACUCCAUUAGGAAUUUUCUUUGGAGACUAGUCAGGACAUUCUCCAACCAUCGGCAACUUGAGAAAAAAAGGUCUGAUGAUUGAUUUACCUUCCCUGUAUGUAAUUCCAAUCCUGAGUCGGAUGACCACUUGUUUAUGCACUGCACUGCUGCAAAGCUAGUCUGGUUUGCUCGCUACUGAGAGCUCAUGUACCAAGUGAGACUGAUAAUAACCUGGAUGAAGAGCUAGAUUACUUGUAAGGAAAAACUUGGAUUGCAACUGGUUUGUGCAACUCUGGAAGAUUUGGCAUGAGAGAAAUCUAAUAUUGUUUAAAACACUUAAUGUCGAAUCUUAUGGAGGUGGCUAGGAGUGCUUGUGAUUUUGUCUCAAAUUUUAACCAAACAGGGGAAUGACAUUCUGCAGGAAAGCAUACUAUAAAUCAGAACUGCAACUGCUAAUUUUACUGCACAGGUUGACGAGGGGGCUGUCUGGAUGGCCCUACAACGUGGGGAUGUGUUUUUAAACAGCCAAUGUGUGUUGUUUCUUUGGCAGCUUGCAGAAAAGAAUGCAUCGCGUCAGAUUCGUAUACGGCAGAAGCUCUUGGUGUGUGCUGGUGCCUUCAAUUGGCAACGGAGCAAAAUAUCCAAAGCAUAGAAGUGUAAUUGGAUGCGCAGGUUGUGUUGGACAGCUUGCAAGGAAGAAGAUGCAUUAUCUCUAGAGAGACUCUAAUUAAUGAUUGUAAUGAUCUGAUGUGUAAUUUUAGACAUGCUUCUGUCAGUUUCAGGUCUUUUAUUUUAUUUAGUUGUAAAAGAUCUGCCUUAUUAUUAAUUUUUUCUAAAAAUUAAUGAUGUAUCCUAAUUUAAGUUGUAAA